AUGGUUUUAUUUGAGGUCACCAAAUCUCUUCACGAUCUAAAGCAAGGUUCCAACUCUACAGCAGUACCUGCUUUUGAAGGCCGGCAAAGCCGUACUUUAUCUACAAGCAUGAUUGUACAUCCGCAUUUACAAGCCGGUGACGUUGAAGAAGCUGAAUUAACAACAUGUGAGAAAGAGCGAAAACGUCCAUCACUGGCGAUAAUUACAUCGCGCGGCGCCUUUUUCGACAUCAAAUCUGAUUCCCCGCAGACAGCGUUAAAACGAGCUGAGCUUCUUCAAGAUUCCGGAUAUCAUUCGGUGCUGGAAAGAUCUGCCCAUCCAUUUUCAGCUAGUAUAGUCGAAGAUGUUCUCAGUGCACGUACUAACGAGGGCCUCUGCAUAGUAACAUUUCCUGACUCACGAACGAUAUUGUCGUUCCAGGAUUACCAGACACUUAUUAUCUACUUAUUACAAGUUUUACCACCAGAAGACAGCAAUAAAGGAUUUGUUGUCGUUGUGGAUCGGCGAAGUGACAAAUGGUCUUCCGUCAGAACGCUUUUUCUUCAAAUCACUUCGUUCUUUCCUGGGACGAUUCGAGUUGUUUUUCUUCUUAAGCCAGAAGGUGUGCUACAACGAGCGCUCGAAGUCGGAUAUCGGGCGAUAGUUGAAAACUGCUCGUUCAAGGUGAUCAUGUGCGACUCUUCUGUUGAAUUAAGACGGUUUCUCAAGGCAGAACAGCUCACGAUGGACAUCGGUGGCCUCAUCAAAUACAACCAUCUAGAAUGGGUUCAACAUAGAAUGGACAUUGAACGUAUGAAGUCAUCAGCAUCGGCGAUCGCACAAUCCCUUUGCGAUUUUGGGCGAGUUCUUCGUGAAACCGAACUGCCAAACGAUGAGGAAUUUCGAAUAUCAGUACGAAAGGGAAUGGCGCUACUUGGGGCAGUGCGCCAGAUCGAGGCGAAGCCCCGACAUGAGUUGCUGAGUCCAACCCGACUACAGAACGUUACCGCUAUCGAGCGAAUGCUUGUACAGCUUGGUAAGAGCCCUUUAUUUUAA